CCGAGGGUUUUAGAAGCGGAAGGAGAGAGCGAGAGAGGGAGCGCAGGCGAGCGAGGGAGGAAGAAGCCCGCUUUCUGCUCAACUUCUCAGCCCGAUUUCUCUCUUGAUCGGGCCAAACCGAGCGAGAAAUGCUGUUGUUCUUAGAUUGGAUUGCGGUUAGGGAAAGCUUGGUCUGGCGACGUGCGAAACGGGUUGAUCAUUUUGUAUAUUUGUUGGUUGAAAGUCAGCUGCUUCACUGAAGUUAUGCAGCUGUUGUUGCAAACUUGCAAUGCCCUUUCACCAGCUGGAGUUCACAUCUGAAUUACAGUAAUGGGUGAAAAUAACUUGCUUACUUCCAGGAAUCUACAGAAUAUCUUUGGGGUCUAAGUGCUGUUUGCCUAGAAACAAACAGCUUCUUGAAAUAAAUGGCUACAGAGAAUCCAUUGAGAUUCAUAGGGAGUAAUAGUCCUGGAAACUGGCCCCUUACUAAGGGCACAUCAAAAUUUGCAUCAUCAAGUAAUUUAGCGCCGGAAGAGUUGGGAUUACUUUAUGAAGGACAAAGGUACCAUGGGAACAAGAACACUAGUGGCCUUAGUCGAAGUGGAAGUGCUCCACCUAGCAUGGAAGGUUCUCUUGCAGCGUUUGACAUUAUGAAAGGCCAGACUGUUGACUUGGAUGGCAGCUUGGAGAACUUAAGCAAUGCAGCCCAAAACUGUAAAUCUGAAGAGCAACUCCGUGCUCAUCCUGCUUACCUAGCAUACUACUGCACAAAUGUGAAUUUAAAUCCGAGGCUUCCUCCUCCCCUUGUGUCUCGGGAGAAUCGACAUUUGAUGCAACACAUUGGUGGGCUUGGGAACAACAGGAGAAUGCCUUCAUUUGAUGUCACCAGCAAUGCAUCUUUCUUUAUCUCACUAUCCGCCCUUUCGACUCAUAAUGAGGAACCCGAGGAUGAUAGGUCACCUAGAAUUGAAUCUAGUGACUUGACAGACAAAAAAACUGAUGUUGUUCCUGGGCCUCUUUCACCAGGAUGGCAUGUGAAUCCUAUAGACUUGGGACAGGAAGAUUAUACUCAGACUCCAUGUCCACUGUAUGAUGAUCAUUCUUAUCCGUCAAGCCGCAUAAUACUAGAGCAAGCAUCAAAUCCAGAUGAGUUUCCGAAUCCUCUAAAUGAUUCUUCAAUUGGCAAGACUAAUUCAGAAACAAAAACACCCAGCAUUGUUGUCAAUUCUCAUACGCGUCACCUAUGCCUACAUUCAGUUGGAUCAACGUCGGAUGAUGAUUUUGGUUGUGUAUCAGUUCUACGCCCAGCAUCCACUGAGAAGACAGUUAAUCUACACCCAGGUCAAAAUGAAUCAACCAAUGGCAGCACUGAUAUACACAACAGCAUUUCACCUCGCGGCGUGGUUGAUCUAAGUCUUGGUAAUAUUGAAGAUGAGAUGAAGAAGCUAAGGCUCUCUUCUGAUGGCCACAAAGGUCACCAAUCACAGCAACACUUGCAGCAAGUUGGCAUAAAUACACGAAGAUUGUCUUCCCAUGUUCAGACUGGUCAGUCUCAUGUACUUGCUCAAGGAGUGCACCAUUCUCAAAUUAGUGGAUGUCACUAUUCUCAUGGACAACCCAAAUUACCCUCUGUUGAAGUGCAACCUUUGUUGCAAUCCUCUGGCGUUUCUCCAUCGUUUGUCACAGGAGCUGCAUAUGGAACUCCAUAUUACCACAACAUGCAAUCUUCUGGCCUACAUCCUUCCCACUUCGGGAUAAGUGGGUAUGCACUAAAUCCCCCAGUUGUUACUCCACUUGUUUCUGCUAAUCCUCCUCAUCAUACUGGUAAUCUGGUGCCUUUUGAGAAUGCUGUGGGUGCAAACUUCAGUGCUAGAGCUUCUGGAGUUUCUUCUGGGGGAAAUGUUGCAUCUGGAGUUGAGAUGCAGCAUUUGUAUAAGAUAUAUGGGCAGCUGGCUCCAGCUAUUCAGCCUCCCUUUCCAGAUCCUAUAUAUGUGCCUUUUUAUCAGUACCCCUCUAUAGAUGCAUACGCUACUGAAGGUCAGUAUGAUUCAAUGAUCUUUAGGGGAAGUGUUUUGCGAAGCUUACCUGUUUCUUCUGGUCUACCAACAGCUCCAGCUUCUUCUGCAUAUUUGCCUCAUCAGACGCCCCAGGCCACAAGAGUUGCUGGUGUCAAUACACUUUGUGCUAUAAAAGGAGGCAGUGUUAGUCCCAAUUACCAUGAGAGCUCUCCAAACAUCAGUUUCCUGAUGCAAUUUCCAAGCUCCCCGCUUGUCAGUCCUGUUUUUCAAGGAUCAUCAGUAGCUGGGACAAGCUUUUCAGGAAGAAAAAAUGGCAACAUUAAGUUUUCGUUCGGAAAUGCUGGUUCUUUAUUUGGAUGGCAAGGCCAAAGAAGAUGCGAGAAGGCUGACUACUCAAAUUCAUACUCUUUUAUUGAAGAGCUUAAGUCCAACAAAGCCUGUAGAUAUGAGUUAUCCAAUAUUGCUGGGCAUAUUGUUGAAUUUAGCACUGACCAACAUGGUAGUCGAUUUAUUCAGCAAAAGUUAGAGACUUGUAGUCUUGAUGAGAAGACAUCAGCUUUUAAGGAAGUGCUUCCACAUGCUUCUUCACUAAUGACUGAUGUAUUCGGGAAUUAUGUCAUUCAAAAGUUUUUUGAGCAUGGGAAUGCUGAACAAAGGAAAGAGCUUGCUAUUAAGCUUGUUGGCAUUGUCUUGCCUUUGAGCCUGCAGAUGUAUGGUUGUCGUGUAAUUCAGAAGGCUCUUGAGGUUAUUGAGCUUAAUCAGAAAACACAGCUUGUGCAAGAACUCGAUGGAAAUGUCAUGAGAUGUGUUCGAGAUCAGAAUGGGAACCAUGUGAUUCAAAAGUGCAUUGAGUGUAUACUGACACAGAAAAUUGGUUUUAUAAUAUCUGCAUUUCGUGGUCAAGUUGUAACACUUUCUACACAUCCUUAUGGUUGCCGAGUGAUCCAGAGAGUGCUUGAGCAUUGUACAGAUGAAUCUCAAAGCCAUUGGAUUGUGGAUGAGAUUUUGCAAUCAGCUUGCCUGCUUGCACAGGAUCAGUAUGGCAAUUAUGUCACACAACAUGUUUUAGAGAGGGGAAAACCACAUGAAAGAAGCCAAAUCAUCAGCAAAUUUUUUGGGCAAAUUGUACAGAUGAGCCAACACAAAUUUGCUUCAAAUGUUGUUGAGAAGUGUUUGGAGUAUGGUAAUAUUGAAGAAAGAGAUCACCUGAUCAAGGAAAUAGUUGGACAUACUGAAGGAAAUGAUAAUUUGCUGGUAAUGAUGAAGGAUCGGUUUGCAAAUUAUGUGGUCCAGAAGAUUCUUGAAAUAAGCACUGAUAAACAAUGUGAAAUCUUGCUGGAUCGCAUAAGAGUUCAUCUGCAGGCUCUGAAGAAAUACACCUAUGGGAAACAUAUAGUUGCUCGGGUUGAACAGUUAUGUGGUGAAGCUGCUCCUGACUCAUGAAAGGCGAAUCAAAGUUGCAUGGUGGCCCUGCUAACUCACCUGAGGCAAGCUCCCUAAUGAGACCUGCUGGAUUUCUCCCAGUUAUUUUCUUGGGAGCAGCUGUGAGCUAAAGGUCAGGGUAUAUAUAUAUAGUGUAAACCUUAAAGCUGGUAUAGUAUAUGUAUUUUGUAGGAGUCUAGCGUAGGUUACAUGGAGUAAAGGGUAUGCACCUGCAUUAUUAUUAUUAUCACCUCUUGAUUUAACAUGUUACUGACGAUGGUGAUUUGGGCUAACCAGGUUUAUUAUAUGAUGGAAUAGGUUUUUGAAUUGGACCUGUGGUCGAGAAUAAUAUGACUGACAACUGGGAAAUAUUGGUUCUCUAUUCUGGUUACAACAUGAUGCAUUUAAUGUUGGUUUAGUGGAAGUCAAUCUGAUUGGUGGGUGAUUGUAGUUGCCUUUGCGUGGUGACAAACUGAGAAUUAUUGGUCCGAUGUUGUGGCGAUUGGUUUCAGCUGACUAGGAAAUCAACAAAUGCUGAUGGUACAAAAUUUUUUUAUAUUAUUUUCCUCGUCCUUAGUAAAUAGUUAACUAUAGAUACUAUUAUAAAUAUUGUAUUCUGUCAUGCAAUUAUUUCUUGCCUUAUUCCUAGUUGUUUGUUCUCAUUUUACAGUUUCUCGUCAAUUUUUAAAUAAUACUUCUUGUAGAGGUUGUUC